AGGCUAGCCAGCGUGGAGGUCAAGGAGAUCAAAGGCCUCGGACCCGAGUGCGAGAUGGUCCUUGACAUCCAAAGGCAGCUGAAGGACCCUGUGAAAAGGCAAGUUGUGCGGAUGGCGUCCGGCGGUGGCGAUGGCGGCCCCGUGACGGGCUUGCUGUACCCGAAGCCAGCUGGCGCGCCGCCAGGUGGUCCCACCAAGCCCUCCGUCGUGGACCACGGGGAGGGCCAGGAGGGCGCGCAGAAACUGUCCGCGCGGCCGAUGGCGGCCUACCCGAUGCUGGACCAUCGGCAUCAGUACAUGGCAUGGCCGACCGGACAUAUUCAAGACCCGGCCUUCCUGGGCGGCUGGCGGAUGGGUCCGCCACUGGCGACCUGACGGCCGCCCCGCGCGCGCGCGCGCCUGGCAGGCCAGUAGGCUCCUGCGGGUUCCAAUCGGUUCCCGACGGACGAUUAGCCUUGACCCCCUCUCCUCUCUCCUUGCUGGCCACGCGCCGUCAGUCCUGUUGCUCCCCUUCUUGGCUCCCGAGGGCACGCCGCGUGACAAGGGCGCGGCAGGCGCCACCCAGCGCCCAGACGCUGGCGUCGUAGCCCGGCAGGCCGCCACCGCGCACGUUGCUCCCAGAGGGCCUGCGCAGCUUCCCCGCUUCUCCCCCCUCCGGCGCUGUCUGCGGAGGACGCCGGGUGUGCAUUUACGCAGAUCCUGACCAGGACCAGCGCGGGUGCACGUCGGGCUUCCUGCUGUGUCCAUUCUUUCCACUCGGCAGGGUGCUUCCGCUUGGAGCGAUUGUUCGGAACGCUCUGGCUCAGUUGGUCGACUCGCCUUCCGCUCCACAUCCACGUAGCUACGAGCUCUUUCUCAAGCUGUUUGGCUCGAUUCGGUCGGGCAGACCAUGCAAUGCGUCGCAUUCCAUAUCCUUCUUGGGGCUGCCCUGCCUUGCCCUCUCACUCUCCCUGCUAAUACUGGGGCAGCUGCUGCUCUUUCUGCUGUUGCUGGCCGCUGCUGCUGUCCCUCCUCCUGUGCCUGUGCAUGGCUGUACUACAAGCUCUGCAAGUGCCCCUCCGCCCAGGAUGCACUUUUCAACUCUAGAUGCCAGCCGUGCCAUGUAUGUAUCGGGGGUUGGUCCUCGCGGUCGGACUCAGUCUGCUUCCCGCCGCCGACAUCUGGCGCGGGUAGCAAAAAAGGCCGACACGCGCUCAGCGACGGC